UUUGUGGUUCAGGUCGGACUCCGGUGAAGUGGAUUGUGGAUCAGUGUCUGUUCUUACUUCAGCCAAAAUCUGUGUUUAAUUUGUUUCCUGCACAGUGCUAGUAUGGUGCAGAGGUACAGUAGUACUACAGUAUGACCAGUACUUAUAAAACACGGUCAGUCCAUGAUAAGAGUGCCUGAUAAUGUGGAAGUGAUUUUAAAAAAAGUGUCAGCGUGGGUUUCCUCCAGGUGCUCUGACAUGUUCUCCCUGUGUCAGCGUGGGUUUCCUCCAGGUGCUCCGACAUGUUCUCCCUGUGUCAGCGUGGGUUUCCUCCAGGUGCUCUGACAUGUUCUCCCCGUGUCAGCGUGGGUUUCCUCCAGGUGCUCGGACAUGUUCUCCCCGUGUCAGCGUGGGUUUCCUCCAGGUGCUCUGACAUGUUCUCCCUGUGUCAGUGUGGGUUUCCUCCAGGUGCUCUGACAUGUUCUCCCUGUGUCAGCGUGGGUUUCCUCCAGGUGCUCGGACAUGUUCUCCCCGUGUCAGUGUGGGUUUCCUCCAGGUGCUCUGACAUGUUCUCCCUGUGUCAGCGUGGGUUUCCUCCAGGUGCUCUGACAUGUUCUCCCUGUGUCAGUGUGGGUUUCCUCCAGGUGCUCCGACAUGUUCUCCCUGUGUCAGCGUGGGUUUCCUCCAGGUGCUCUGACAUGUUCUCCCCGUGUCAGCGUGGGUUUCCUCCAGGACUCCAGGCUGAAGGAGGACAAAACUCCACAGAGUCUGAUGAUGUUAGGUUGGUGGGAGGAGUCAGUCGCUGUGCAGGAACACUGGAGCUGAAUCAGCGGGGACUCUGGAGACCAGUGGAGGGAUCAUACUGGACCCUGAAGGCAGCAGCCGUCGUCUGCGGACAGCUGGACUGCGGCUCAGCUGUGUCUACCGGACAGAGACGUCAGCUGUCCCGCAGGUCUGUGUGGAGGAUCAGGCCCAGCUGUGUUCAGUCUGGAUCUGCUCUGAGGGAGUGUGCAAAACCAGAUUACUCUUCCAUCAUCCUGGAUCUCACCUGUUCAGACUCUGUCAGGCUGGUGGAUGGGACCAGUCUGUGCUCAGGCAGACUGGAGGUGAAGUCUAACCAGUCUAACCAGUCUAACCAGAGGUGGUCCUCAGUGUGUGAAGCUGACUUUGACCAGCAGGAUGCAGAGGUGGUCUGCAGGGAGCUUGGCUGUGGGGCUCCUUCAGUCCUCCAGGGGGCGCUCUAUGGAGAAGUGGAGGCUCCAGUGUGGACCAAAGAGUUCCAGUGUGGAGGCCAUGAGUCUGCUCUCCUGGACUGUAGAAGCUCAGGCUCAGAUAGAAACACCUGCUCACCUGGCAAAGCUGUUGGACUCACCUGCUCAGAGGCUGUCAGGUUGACAGGAGGACAAGGUCGCUGUGCAGGAACACUGGAGGUCAGAGAUCAGAGAGACCGGAGACCAGUGAGUAUCAUCCCCUAUCCGUGGACCCUGAAGGACACAGCUGUGAUCUGUGGACAGUUGGAUUGUGGCUCCGCUGUGACUGUCAACUGGAUGAAGGCUUACUCAGGCAGGUCUGUGUGGAAGAUCAGGCCUGAGUGUGCCCAGUCUGGAUCUGCUCUGAGGGAGUGUUUAACAUUAGAUUACUCCAGCCAUGUCAUGGAUAUCACCUGCUCAGACCUGCUGCUUCGGCCAAACAUCUCUGUGUCCUCCUCCAUGGACGGGGUCUCUGAGGCCCAGCAGCAGGGGUUUCACGUGCUCAGAGGCUCCGCCUUCACCAUCAGCUGCUCCAUCCAGCCACAGUACCCAGGAGGCUCCUUCCAGCUCACCUUCACCUCCUCCAACUCAGCACACAACUACACCCAGCCAGCUGUCAAUCACUCUGCCCACUUCCUGUUUCCUGAAGCAGAGCCCACCCACCAAGGAAGCUACAGCUGUGUUUAUCACGUCCAUGUUUUGUCUCAUAACUUCUCUUCUGAGAGCCGUCUGCUCUCCGUCACCGUCCCAGAUCCAACACCUUUUAUCAUCAGAGCUGUCCUGCCGCUGACUCUGCUGUUGGUGAACAUGGUCCUUUGCCUUCACUGUAAGGCCAGCAGGGGGCAGAAGGUGGCCAGACAGGAGAACACUGAGCUGGAUUAUUAUAACCUGGGUGUUCCUGCAGCUGAAGAGGAAGGAGCUCAGGGAGCAGAGUAGGAACCUCCCACGAGUUCAGCUCACCUCCACCAAAGAGCGUGGACACCAAGAGGCGAAGCUCCGUUGAAUUUCUGCCAACAGCCA